CUACACCUCAAUCACCUUUAUGUUCCAUGUGACCGAUAUGAAAAGAGAAUCAGUACCAUGAGAAAACUGUCUGGAGUAAUCUUGACUUGGCUGCUAUGAUUUUCCGAGUUAUUUCUAGGGAGUAGCCUUUGUAAAUGGCCUUGGGGAACCACAGCACCAUCACCGAGUUCCUCCUCCUUGGGCUGUCUGCCGACCCCAACAUCCGGGCUCUGCUCUUUGUGCUGUUCCUGGGGAUUUACCUCCUGACCAUAAUGGAAAACCUGAUGCUGCUGCUCGUGAUCAGGGCUGAUUCUUGUCUCCAUACGCCCAUGUAUUUCUUCCUGAGUCACCUCUCUUUUGUUGAUCUCUGCUUCUCUUCAGUCAUUGUGCCCAAGAUGCUGGAGAACCUCCUGUCACAGAGGAAAACCAUUUCAUUAGAGGGCUGCCUGGCUCAGGUCUUCUUUGUGUUUGUCACUGCAGGGACUGAAGCCUGCCUUCUCUCAGGGAUGGCCUAUGACCGCCAUGCUGCCAUCUGCCGCCCACUACUUUAUGGACAGAUCAUGGGUAAACAGCUGUAUAUGCACCUUGUGUGGGGCUCAUGGGGACUGGGCUUUCUGGACGCACUCAUCAAUGUCCUCCUAGCUGUAAACAUGGUCUUUUGUGAAGCCAAAAUCAUUCACCACUACAGCUAUGAGAUGCCAUCCCUCCUCCCUCUGUCCUGCUCUGAUAUCUCCAGAAGCCUCAUCCCCUUGCUCUGCUCCACUCUCCUACAUGGGCUGGGAAACUUCCUUUUGUCCUACACCCGUAUAAUCUCUACCAUCCUAAGCAUCAGCUCUACUUCGGGCAGAAGCAAGGCCUUCUCCACCUGCUCUGCCCACCUCACUGCAGUGACACUUUACUAUGGCUCAGGUUUGCUCCGCCAUCUCAUGCCAAACUCAGGUUCCCCCAUAGAGUUGAUCUUCUCUGUGCAGUAUACUGUAGUCACUCCCAUGCUGAAUUCCCUCAUCUAUAGCCUGAAAAAUAAGGAAGUGAAGGUAGCUCUGAAAAGAACUUUGGAAAAAUAUUUGCAAUAUACCAGACGUUGAGUUAAAAAACAAACAUUGUUGGCCCAGCACUGUGGCUCAUGCCUGCAGCAGGAGGAUUGCUUGAGCUCAGGAGUUCGAGAUUAGCUUGGCCAACAUGGUGAAACCCUGUCUCCAAAAAAAAAAAAAAAAAUAGGCCGGGCAUGGUGGUGUGCACCUGUAAUUCCAGUUACUUGGAAGGCUGAGGGAGGAGGAUCACUUGAGCGUGGGAGGUCAAGGCUGCAGUGAGCUGAGAUUGCACCACUGCACUCCAGCCUGGGCAACAGAGCAAGACCCUGUCUCAAAAAAAAAAGAUUGUGGAAAAUUUGGGUCAAGCUGCAUACAACAUGACACUGGAUAAGUUUAUAGUAGUAAGUAUUCCUGGCUACCCUCAGUGUCUGAUACUGCAAGCUGUAAAUUAGAAGUGCAUGAGAGAAUGGUACAAAGUUAUUACAAGUAGGACGGUUAACUUUAAUCCCUCUUAGUGACAAAGCAAAUUAUUAAAUUAUUACCUCAAUAAAGUUUUGUUAUGAACAUAUUCAUUCAUUUUUCUCAUUCUAAAACAUUCAUCUUGGGCUUUGCAUUUAGUAAAAUCAUUAGCGUCGCAAAUCUAUCAUUAUUUUUAAUUUACUUUGGUGAACACACUAAAAGUCAUGGCAUUUAAUAAGAACACAGUGUCAUGGAUGCGUGGGAGAGAAAAGUCACUAGAUAAGACUUGAUGGGAAGAAAGAGAAAGAUUUCCAACCGUGUGGCCAUAGAAGACAUAAACACCUAAGAGAACUUCAGAGAGGGAAUCAACAUACUGAGGCAGAACUUGGACUCAGAUAAAAUUCCCAAGAACUUCACUGUGUGUGCAGCUUGGUGGCCAGCUCUCCGGUGCAAAAGAUUGCAAGGAGGCUCUGCGGCUCUAGAAACUUCAUUCCUCACAUGGUCUUCAUUCACUGUAUACAGGAUUUAUAUUUUUUCCAAUUAGCUGAUCUUAUCAGUGUGUCUUUUCCUUGUAGAGUGCAGGCUAUGUACCCUAGACAAAUAAUCUUGUUUUGACCUCAUCUCAAGUGAAUCCUGAAACUAUCUUUGUCUCAUCUUUCAUUGUUUAGUGUCAGGUGGUUUGCCGGUUCUAAGGGCACUGAA